AUGCCAAGGAAACACACGGUGAAGAAGAACCUGGUGGUGGAAGAUGAAUCUCCAGGGGGGAAGAAGAUUAAAGUCAGCCACCCGUCCCACCAGGUGCAGCCUGGCCUGGUGCUGACACUGGGGCAGGGGGACGUGGGCCAGCUGGGCCUAGGGGAGGACGUGAUGGAGAGGAAGAAACCAGCCCUGGUAUCGCUGCCGGAGAUGAUGGUGCAGGUGGAAGCCGGAGGGAUGCACACUGUGUGCCUCAGCCAGACCGGGAAAAUCUACACCUUUGGCUGCAACGAUGAAGGUGCCCUGGGGCGCGACACCUCGGCAGAAGGGUCAGAGACCACGCCAGGGCUGGUGGAGCUGCAGGAAAAGGUGGUGCAGGUCUCUGCGGGGGACAGUCACACGGCUGCGCUGACAGAUGAUGGCAGGGUUUUUGUCUGGGGCUCUUUCCGGGAUAACAACGGGGUGAUCGGGCUGCUGGAGCCCAUGAAGACGAGCUCCGUUCCUUUGCUGCUGCAGCUCAAUGUGCCUGUUGUUAAAAUUGUCUCAGGGAAUGACCACCUGGUGAUGCUGACGGUGGACGGUGACCUCUUCACGUGCGGCUGCGGCGAGCAGGGCCAGCUGGGGAGAGUGCCGGCGCUCUUUGCCAACCGCGGAGGAAGGAAGGGGCUGCAGCGCCUGCUCAUCCCCCAGCGCGUCCCCGUCAGAGGCAAAGGCAACAGAGGCAAAAUGCGCUUCCAGGACGCCUUUUGCGGGGCUUACUUCACCUUCGCCAUCACACAGGAGGGACACAUCUAUGGUUUCGGCCUCUCCAACUACCACCAGCUGGGCACCCAGGACACCGAGCCCUGCUUCUCCCCGCAGAACCUGACGUGCUUCAAGAACUCCACCAAGUCCUGGGUCGGCUUCUCGGGCGGGCAGCACCACACGGUGUGCGUCGACUCGGAGGGUAAAGCCUACAGCCUGGGCAGGGCCGAGUACGGCCGCCUGGGCCUGGGGGCAGGGGCAGAGGAGAAGAGCGCUCCCACGGUGAUCCCCGAGCUCCCCAGCAUCUCCUCCGUCGCGUGCGGCGCAUCGGUGGGCUAUGCCGUCAGCAGCGAUGGACGAGCGUUUGCCUGGGGCAUGGGCACCAACUACCAGCUGGGCACGGGGGAGGAGGACGACGUCUGGAGCCCCGUGGAGAUGACGGGCAAGCAGCUGGAGAACCGCACGGUGCUGGCCGUGUCCAGCGGCGGCCAACACACGGUGCUGCUGGUCAGGGACAAGGAGCAGAGUUGA